AUGGAUCACAACGAAAUGAUAUCGAGAAUUGGAGAGGAAAUCAAGAAUGCUGGAGUUGAUUUCAAUCUGGAUGAUCCUUUUGAAGAUCCAUCACUGUGUACUACGGCAUUCAUGGACAUUCUCUGGCAAGAUGAACAUGGAAACUCUGCUCUUAUGCUGGCAUCCGCUGAGAAUCGUGUCCAACAAGUCAAGGGAAUCCUCAUUAUGGCAAUCAAUAGUGGAAAGUUGUGGCAGGUCAUCGACAUGCGUAACCAUGAGCGUCUCAACUGUGUUGAUAUGGCAGUUCGAGCUGGAAGUGAAACAUGUGCAAUGCUCAUUACGAAAGUGGCCAGAGAAUAUGCCAAACAUCGGCCACGUUCUGAAACCGAGAAGCAAUUCGAUUCGAUGCCAACUACCGUAGAAGACGUCACUUUCACAUUUUUGGGAGCGAAAGGGGUCGAGCAAUUCGAUGAUAAAUAUGUUAAGGAGCUUGUCCGCCAAUCGUCGUCUGCUUCUGGCCACGGUGUCGUCACCAAGAAGUUGAGUCGCGAGAAGAUUUCCAACAGUUUGGCGAAGAGCACUGCAGCAUCCGCCGGAAAAGAAUAUCUUAAAAUGGUGAAACGAUCCUCAUCUGCUCAUUCGAGACUUAUGUCACAACGGACAUUCUCUGUAGAAUCCGGAUCGAUUGAUUCUUCGGAACCAUCGACUCCUCAACUAACUGCUCCACCAGCAGAUCAUGGAGUUUUGUCGAGUGUUGGAGAGAGAAUAAGAAGUAUUUUCGGGAAGAAACCUCCACUCCACACAAAAAGUCUCUCACUUGCUCAAUCCGAUCGUGCAGUUUCGCCGUCUGUCCGAUCUUCUUCCGUUUCCACCAAACCUCUUUCCUAUGCUUCUGCGACGAGUAACUUCGAGGACGAUAAUCUGAAGCUUCCACAGCAUUCUUCAUCGGUGGAAUCGCCAACAGUUGAAGCGCCGACCAACAGCGGAUUGUUCCGUUGGGGAUCCAAAGACAAGCCGGUGAACAGCUCUUUCGCGAUGUCUAACGGAGGCCGCCUACCACCGUUGAAUCUCCGUCGUCGUGGCAGCAGUGAUCAAAAGAAUCGCGAUUUCACCUCGCUGGGAGGUGACGAGUAA